GCCUCCGCACGCCGUCCCGUCCGCCCCCGCCCCCGCCCCCGCCCCCGGCCCCGGGCACGGCGCGGCUCCCCCUCCCCGACAAACGGCAUCCCGUUUCACCUCGGCAGAUCCGCACUCCCCCGCUCCGCUGAUCCCGCCCGCCCAGCCUUUAUUACUCCCUCCUCCUCGAGCCCUCCUCUCCCAGUUCGCGAGCGCGAGCGCUGCUGCUCGCCUGCUGCAAACCUUCCAAGCCGCUGGCCGAACCCACCCACCCAAAAGGCAAAGCCAAACCCCAACCCGGCGCCGCAGCGCAAGGGAGCGAGGCGGGCGCUGACACGCGGAAACCCCCCGCAAAAACCAGCAGCCAUUUCCGCCCCCAAGAUCCGUGGAUCAUCACGCGAGAUCCAAACGAAACACCCCCGCACACCUCCCCAGGCGCGCCACGCCCUCCCCCACUUAUUAGCCCAACCGAGCGUGCCGCUGCUGCUGCUGGCCGCGCCUGCCUGCCGCUUGGAAUAGGCGCUUCGGUUCAGCUCCUUGUCUGGGCUUGCCGAGCCGGGUUGGUUGGUUGGUUGGCGUCGGGGAGGAAGAGGAUGGAGGGCCGGGUGAUGCGGCGCAGCGUCACGCUGGCGGACCAGCUCGCCGCGGUGGGGCCGCCGCCGGCGGUGGGGGCGGCGGCGGCGGCGGGGUCGUGCAACCUCCGCGACCUGCUCAAGCUCCGCGACGAGGACGACCUCGCGGCGGGGCGCCGGGCGGCGGUCACGCUCGCCUCCGCCAUGGCCGCCGAGAGGCAGGCCUCGCUGCCGCCGCCCUCGUCGUCCGCCGCCGCCGCCGCGGCCGCGGCGCGCACCCUCCUCGACAUCAUCCGGGACGACCAGCAGCCUCCCCCCGCCGCGUCGGGGGCCGGCGCCGGCGCCGGCGACCCCGUCCACGUCCGCCGCGCCGUGUCGCUGCCCGCCCCGAGCACAGCGGCCUCCCCGCCGGCGUCAGCGUUCGCGCCCGCCGAGGCCGCCCCUUCUCCUGCUCCACCUCCGCCUCCGCGGCCGGCGAGCCAGCCGCCCGCGGUGGCGGCGGAGGAGGAGCAGGGGGAGAGGGUCUCCCUGAUGGCGCUCCUCGAGCAGACGGACAGGCAGUGGAGUGCCGGCGCGGGCGGCGCGGCCCCGCGCGAUGAGGACUUGGCGGAAGCGGAGGCGCCGGAGCUGGUGGAGGACGACGCCGACGCGGAGCCGGAGGCCGCGGGCAAAGGGGUGGCCGCCGGGUGCUGCUGCGUGUGCAUGGCGCGCGCCAAGGGCGCGGCCUUCAUCCCCUGCGGCCACACCUUCUGCCGCGCGUGCGCCCGCGAGCUCCUCGCCGGCCGCGGCCGCUGCCCGCUCUGCAACGCCGCCAUCGUCGACGUCCUCGACAUCUUCUGACCCCGGGCCCCUCCCUCGGCUCGGGCGGCGGCGCCGACACCUCGUCCGGCGAAAUGCGCGCGCGAGGACCCGCCUCGGAUCGGCCAAUCCGGUGCGCCCGCAACUGAAAUAGGAUCCAGACAUAGAUAGAUCUCUCCUCUCCCAAUCCACUCCCCCCUUCCACGCCCUGUUCUUGUGCUGCUGCUCCGAUUGUGAAAAGAUCAGAACAUGUUCGCGACUUAAUUAAACCAUCACCUGCUGCAAAAUUGCGACUUGCUCCUAAAGAUCAGCAUUUCCGUCGUGCA